AUGUCUUUCUCCUACCAGUUGCAAAUGAUCAACCAGUCCUUCGAACGAAUCGCAUCGUGGUAUCAUGAGUUUAUGCGAAGAACAGAGCUGUGCUUCCGGAAGAUGAACGAGCGUAUACUCCGACUCGAGCAGAAGCAGCUCACCCAUGGCCCUACGGAUGAGCAGGUUGAGCGUGUGCUGCGCAAGAUCCUGGCCGAGAGAUUCGCUCCCCUCGACAUGCCUCAAGUCAAGUUGGCCGACCAUACCCAAAGCGUCGGCUGGUUCGUUCAAGAUCCCAACGAACACUUGUACCCGAGAUCCAUCAAGAUGGACGUCGCUUCCCUUCUCGUUUCGCCAGAGUCUGUCCCAUCGCGCGCCUAUGCAGAGACUUUUCAGAUGCUCGAGGAUGAUGUCAACGACUACCCUGGCGAUGACCUGCUCAUGGAUGAGGACGAAGACCAAAAGAUAUAUCUAGGCCAUCUCACCAGUCGCCCUACUCACAGGGUUUAG